AGGAAGGGCUUAAUUUUUGGAAUAAAAUUAGAGUUGCGGAUUUCACGCUUUGAGCUCACUGAAGACACCGCACAUUUCAGGAUUACGUUUCACAUUCCAGUUGUAAUAGGAUAGCGGCUGUAUAAAGGGCGUUGUGCAAAGAAGACACUUUAUUGACUUUAGUUUUUUAAUAAAUUGUUUACUAAAAGUUACAUCUUUGGAAACAUUUAAGCAUGCGUCUGCAGAGUGUGUUUCGUGCGGUGAUCAUGGGGCCCCCGGGCUCAGGGAAGGGGACCGUGUCCAGUCGGAUAGCACAGAGUUUUGGACUCAAGCAUCUCUCCAGUGGGGACUUGCUGCGGGCGAAAAUCGAGGCGAAGACAGAUUUGGGCCUGCUGAUGAAGUCAUGCAUUGAUCAGGGUCAGCUGGUUCCUGAUGAUGUCAUCUCUCGUCUCAUCCUGUCCAGUCUGAGCAGUAUUGGGCAAAGCAGCUGGCUUCUAGAUGGUUUCCCCCGUACUGUGUCUCAGGCUGAGGCGCUGGACAGCGUGUGUGAUGUGGACACUGUUAUCAACCUGAACGUGCCUUUCCAUACCAUCAGAGAGCGUCUAACGUCACGCUGGGUGCAUCUUCCCAGCGGCAGGGUCUAUAAUAUAGACUUCAACCCGCCAAAGAAGCCAGGUCUUGAUGAUGUCACCGGGGAACCGUUGCUUCAGAGAGAUGAUGACACUCCUGAAACUGUCACCAGAAGACUAAAGGACUAUGAGAGACAGACACAGCCAGUUCUAGAGUAUUACAGGAGUAAAGGAGUGUUGGAGACAUUCACAGGAACUGAAACCAACAAGAUAUGGCCUCACGUUCAUGCCUUCUUGACCAGGAAAAUCCCAGGAAAUCAGCAGGCAUUGGGAAAAGCAUAAUUCCAAUGUGUUGGACAGCAGACAAUUACAAUUGUAAAACACACUGUUGGGUCUGAGCACAAUGCACCACAAUAGCCUUAACCAGUCUACUGUAUUUAGACUUGCGACACUCAUAUGUUGAAGCGUUUGAUUUGACUAAAUAAGGAUGCCAGACAACACAAGGUUUAUGGCCAAACUAGUGCUUUGCUCGAGCAUUGCCACUUUAAGCAAACAAACUUUUUAGUAUUACAGAAGUAGUAAUGCUAAGAUUAAUAAUUCACUCUUAAAUUCAAUUAAUUUCCAGCUUUGUGUCAGUAUAAGUAAACUAACCCGUAGGGUGAAACAGUAGUUGUUUUUAAACUAAGUGACUCCAAAAAUGUGGACACAAAAAUUCCAAAACAUUCCUGUUUGUUUUAGCCAUAUUAGCAUUUAUUAUUAAAUCUUCCUAGAAAAGAAAAAUAUAUUGAAUUAAAAAUAUCUUAAUAAUCUUUGCAACUUUGAGAUUUCAAUUAUAUUUUUAAAUGUACUGCUCAAUUAAUGUGAAUUAUGUCCUGUACUUUUCCGGUGUCAUUAUAAUGUAGAUUGACAGCCGAUGCUUUGAUUGUGAUAUUUCUUAUCGACCAUGAAACCAAUUUUGCACUGACUGCAAGAUGAUUGUAAGAAUUAAUAGUCUUAGAGGGAAUAUUUUUAUAAUAAAAUACAAAUAUAGAUAUAUUUUUAAUUCAGAAACAUUUGUGAAUGCAAUAAAAAGACAAUUACUAAAGGGACAAAUAUAAUGUUUUUUUAAGCCUUUCUGUUGUCUGGUGUCAAAAACCACAUUUAUGUGAUUUCAAAUCCAAUGUAGUGCAAUGUAUUUAUUACUAUAAUUAUGCAUUCAAUCACACUGGAGAAAACACUGUUUUUCACCGCCUAAUAAGAUAACUCUAUGGUACAAUUUGUGAUUCACUGUUUAAAUUGUAGUAUGUGAAUGCACAGUUCCUAAAAAAUGUACCAAGACAAGGUAGUGAUUUCUUGGAGAAGUCCAAAGACACAACUGCAAUAAAGAUAAAGUGGUUGACUGA